CGGGCGAACGAAGAUUAUUCUUCAAGCAGCCACUAAAGUACGUGGUGCGUGCGGAGCAGAAAUAUAUAGUGUUAAGUAAUUUAUUAAGUUCACAAACAACAAAAUGAGGGAAAUCGUUCAUAUCCAGGCCGGCCAAUGCGGAAACCAGAUCGGUGCUAAGUUCUGGGAGAUCAUCUCCGACGAGCACGGCAUCGACCCCACUGGUGCCUACCAUGGAGACUCCGACUUGCAGCUGGAGCGCAUCAAUGUGUACUACAAUGAGGCCUCCGGUGGCAAGUACGUCCCCCGCGCCAUCCUCGUGGACUUGGAGCCCGGCACCAUGGACUCUGUCCGCUCUGGACCUUUCGGACAGAUCUUCCGCCCUGACAACUUCGUCUUCGGUCAAUCCGGAGCCGGCAACAACUGGGCCAAGGGUCACUACACAGAGGGAGCUGAACUAGUCGAUUCAGUUUUAGACGUCGUGCGUAAAGAGGCAGAGUCGUGCGACUGUCUUCAAGGUUUCCAACUGACACACUCACUGGGAGGCGGCACCGGGUCCGGCAUGGGCACGUUACUCAUCUCCAAGAUCAGAGAGGAAUAUCCCGACAGAAUCAUGAACACAUACUCAGUAGUACCUUCCCCUAAAGUAUCAGACACCGUCGUAGAACCUUACAACGCCACCCUUUCAGUACAUCAGUUAGUAGAAAAUACGGAUGAGACCUACUGUAUCGACAACGAGGCUCUUUAUGACAUCUGCUUCCGCACGCUAAAACUGUCCACACCCACGUACGGCGACCUCAACCAUCUCGUGUCGCUCACCAUGUCCGGUGUCACCACCUGCCUCAGGUUCCCCGGUCAGUUAAACGCCGACCUCCGCAAGUUGGCCGUCAACAUGGUUCCCUUCCCCCGUCUCCACUUCUUCAUGCCCGGAUUCGCACCCCUGACAUCUCGCGGCAGCCAGCAGUACCGCGCCCUGACCGUUCCCGAGCUCACUCAGCAGAUGUUCGACGCCAAGAACAUGAUGGCAGCCUGCGACCCUCGCCACGGCCGCUACCUCACCGUGGCCGCCAUCUUCCGUGGUCGCAUGUCCAUGAAGGAAGUGGACGAGCAGAUGCUCAACAUCCAGAAUAAGAACUCGUCGUACUUCGUGGAAUGGAUCCCCAACAACGUGAAGACCGCCGUGUGCGACAUCCCUCCGCGCGGUCUCAAGAUGGCCGCCACCUUCAUCGGCAACUCCACCGCCAUCCAAGAGCUGUUCAAGCGCAUCUCGGAGCAGUUCACCGCUAUGUUCAGACGCAAGGCUUUCCUCCAUUGGUACACCGGCGAGGGAAUGGACGAGAUGGAGUUCACGGAGGCGGAGAGCAACAUGAACGACCUGGUGUCCGAGUACCAGCAGUACCAGGAAGCCACCGCCGACGAGGACGCGGAGUUCGACGAGGAACAGGAGCAGGAGAUCGAGGAGAACUAGACUCCACCCCAGCUGUCUCCCCUCACCCUCCUGUCCUUGCAGUGACUUGACGCAUUCGCUUCUGUAGUUUUAUACAAGUCUCUCUCCCCCGACCCCCCCGCCCUCGGCUCGCGGCCGACGUUCCGUUUCGUUAUUUUACAUUCCCGGUUUUCUCUGACGAAGGGCGCUCUCUGGAAUGUUUAUCUCAUAAACAGUUGCUCCCUCAGGACGUGACCCCUUCGCUCACACUCGGCGGUGCUGCGAACUCGCUGGAGACACAAAAGAACAUCUUUUGUUUGAUAAGGCUGAACUUGAUUUUGUUUUUUUAAAUCCUAAGUUAAUUUUUAAUGUUUGUAACCGGUGUGUUUACGUUGGCUUUUUGGCAUUUAUAGAUAACUUUAAGAGUCCAGACCGGACCAGUGUCAGAGGUGGAGACGGCCGGAGGGUCUGGAGUCCUAAACACGUCUAUACAGCUAAUAAUUAUGUUCGUACAAUUUUUGGAGUCGAUCAAAGUUUUUAAUUAUUAUAUUCCAGCUGGUGAAUUAUAAAUACUAUGAUUUUA